AUGGGUCUGCGCGAGAACCGCAUCAGCAGGUCUAUCCUGCGCGCCAUCUUCGACCCCCAUCACUCUUCCGACCCCGACGCCACAGCCGCGCAGCCAAGCCUUCUCGCCCGCAUCCUCGCCUUCUUUGCUCUCUUCCAGCUUGCCUUGACUCGCUUCCGCGCCGCUGAUUUCCAAGCUUUGCGCAGAGACAUCUGGCAGCUCGAUGGCGAUGAGUAUCGUGAGAGCUUCCGUCUGGCCGACCGCCGCGGCGGCGCUCUCAAGUCCGCCGGCGACCUGGGCUAUUCGGGCUCGACCUUCUUUACGACACCCAACGCCAAGUUCCUAAUCAAAAGUCUGCCACGCCGCUUCGAGCACACGUUUUUCUCGCGCGACCUGGCCGACCCUUACAUCCAGCAUAUGCGCGCUUUCCCAAACUCCUUGCUUGUCCGCAUCACCGACUUCCUCGAAGCCAUUGGGCCAUCGAUCGGCGCCAGUCUUCUCGGCACCGCCCCCGCGCACCAUAUGGUGAUGGAGAACGUGCUGUACGGAAAAGACGACGACCAGCAGAAGGAGCGCUGGGAAACGUACGACCUCAAGCCCGAGAGCUACUUCUACCCCGAGCGCGAUAUCGCUGACGGGCAGUUGGCCCCCGAGUCGGUGAAAGAGCGCCUGGUCGACACUUUCCCGGAUAAGAUGAGGGUGACGCCAACGCAGUGUGAUGAACUACUAACCACCCUCAACAAGGACACAGAACUCCUCCGAAGCGCCAAUGCCGUCGACUACAGCCUUUUCCUGGUGAGGUACCCGGCAGAGCCCGAACGCGAAGUGUCUUUUGUGCAGGCCAAGGCCAGCCAAUGGCGAAAAGGCGUGAGAAGUAGCGAUGGGAAAUGGGUGUACCGCGCGGUGAUCCUGGACUUCUUUUGGGCAAAGCACAAGACGCAACCGAAGAUGAUGACGCGAUUGGUGAAGAGCUUCAACUUUUUCGCGAGGAAGGGGCCCAUGAGCAUCACGACUAGCCCGGACGAAUAUCGCGAACGAUUCUUGGCCAUGGUCAAGGAUUACAUCGAAGAAAGUGCUGAGCAGUAG